CUGGUGGCAGCGGCAGGCGCAGGAGGGCAGCAUGCAGCUGGGGUGUGCGUGGGUGGCAGCGAGGAGGGGCUGAGGGAGGAAGCUGGCUUCCUGAAGCCUCCUCAGCCCUCAAAGACAGACCGACAGACAGACAGACAGCUGGCAAGAGGUAGCCUGGGGGACACAGCUGCUUCAGCGAACCCCAUGGCUGAGUGAGCCUCCCCUGGGCCCAGCACCCACCCCAGCAUGGUCCAGGCCCGUGGGGGGCCCUCCAGAGCACAGGCACCGCCCUCGUCUUUGGAGGCAGCCAUGACCCAGCCUCCACCCACCAAAGCGCCAGCCAAGAAGCAUGUGCGGCUGCAGGAGAGGCGAGGCUCCAACGUCGCUCUGAUGCUGGACGUGCGGUCCCUGGGGGCUGUGGAGCCCAUCUGCUCAGUGAACACACCCCGGGAGGUCACCCUACACUUCCUGCGCACAGCCGGACACCCCCUCACCCGCUGGGCCCUGCAGCACCAGCCGCCCAGCCCCAAGCAACUGGAAGAGGAAUUCUUGAAGAUCCCCCCAAACUUUGUGAGCCCUGAAGACCUGGACAUUCCUGGCCACGCCUCCAAGGACCGAUACAAGACCAUCUUGCCAAAUCCCCAGAGCCGUGUCUGUCUAGGCCGGGCACAGAGCCAAGAGGAUGGAGACUAUAUCAACGCCAACUACGUCCGGGGAUACGGCGGGCAGGAGAAGGCCUACAUUGCCACCCAGGGCCCCAUGCCCAACACCGUGUCGGACUUCUGGGAGAUGGUGUGGCAGGAAGAAGUGUCACUCAUUGUCAUGCUCACUCAGCUCCGAGAGAGCAAGGAGAAAUGUGUCCUCUACUGGCCCACGGAAGAGGACACCUACGGACCCUUUCGGAUUCGCGUCCAGGAUGUGAAAGAGCACCCAGAAUACACCGUGCGGCAGCUCUCCAUCCAGCACCAGGAGGAGCACCGGUCUGUGAAGCACAUCCUCUUCUCGGCCUGGCCUGACCACCAGACCCCCGAGUCAGCGGGGCCCCUGCUGCGCCUGGUGGCCGAGGUGGAGGAGAGCCCAGAGACGGCCGCCAACACCGGGCCCAUCGUGGUCCACUGCAGUGCAGGGAUUGGCCGGACCGGCUGUUUCAUUGCCACCCGAAUUGGAUGUCAACAACUGAAGGCCCGAGGGGAAGUAGACAUUCUGGGCAUCGUGUGCCAACUGCGGCUGGACAGGGGCGGGAUGAUCCAGACCACGGAGCAGUACCAGUUCCUGCACCACACCUUGGCCCUGUACGCUGCCCAGCUGCCGGGGGAGCCCAGCCCCUGACCCCAGACGCCCUCCACCAGCCCAGGCGCCGACUUCUCCCAGGCCUGGGAAGGUGGGUCUGGGGAAAGAGGGCUUUGUGGCCUAGGGUCCUCCUGGGUGCGCAUGGGAAGAGGCUGCCCCCUCAGUGAGCGUGUGUGGUUACAGGAAGCUGACCAGCAAGGACCGAGGCCGGAGUGCAGGUCUUCACCACUGGCCAGUCCUCUCCUUCCUCUCGUGGACACUAGGGGCAAAUUCCCACGUCCCUCUGAACUUAAAGAUAGGAGGUGGCGUUGACAACAGGUCUGAGAUAGAAGCCCAGGGGUCUGGUCUUCUCUCAAACCCUCUGUGAGCUUCAGUCUCUUCGUCUAUGACAUGGACACCUAAGUGCUUUGCUGCCUCACGGGGAAAACAAUCAGAGAACUUCCUAGAAGCCAUUCCAGCUGUAUCCCCUUCCUGGGGCCGGCAAGAGAGUGACCCCAAGGUCGUUCUCCAUGACCCUGCCCAUGUACAGGCCAAGUGCCAGAGCUGGGAUCAGCCUGGUCCUGACUUUGGCCACGUUCUCGACAUCCCAGCAGUGACGCUGUGCUUCCUCACUCCACAUCUGCGAGAGGUGGAUACCCCCCAGAGAGAACAGGGACCCAGACUUCCCCUGCGCCCACUCAUGUCCCUGGGGGCAGGCGACAGAAAAAAACGGGCCAAGCAGCUGAAAUUUCUGGAAGAGGGAAAGUGUGGGGACCCUCAGAGGCCCAGAGGGCUGUCCCACCUCCAUAGUGGCCGGCCACUCACCUCAGUUGCUCCCUAGGGAGGCCCAGCAUCCUCUGUCUUCCUUCCAUGACCUCAGAAGACAUCCUGGGCAUCCAGGAAGUCCAGAAGAAAGAGGAGAGAGGAGGAGGCGGAGAGCACGGCCUGGUUUUAGAUAAUGGGCACCCCACGGCCCUCUGCCCCCUGCGUGCACAGAGCACACCUGGAGAGCGUGGUUGUUUCCAGGAACAGUCUGAGUUAAGCCAUGUGGGGCAGAGCUGGGAGCUCAGACCAAACCGGGACCCCGCACAGUCUACCCCAGAGAACUAACUCCCCUCAUCAUCUCGGCAUCAACACAAUUUCCAGGGCACCCCAGAUCUAUCUCAGGGCUGAUGUCCACACCCCAGGAAGCCAUCAAAGCCGUCAUCCGUGAAGCCAAGAUGGGCUGCCCAUGGGGAGAGGGAGGCACCCCUCCUGCAGGCACAGAGCCCCUGGGGUCUGCCUCUGCCCGUGCCAGUUCUCUGUGGACCCCUGAGGAGCUGGAGCUGGAGAACAGCUGGGCCUCCUCAUUUAUGACAUCUCUUCCAAGGAACACACAGCACUGAAACCGAGGCUCAUUUUCUUCAUGUUCCCGCAGGGCCUUAUUGAGCGCCUCCCUCCUUCCAGCUCCGGUAGGGGGCUCCCCAUACCUGUACCCUCCCCAACCCCUCUGAGGGGCACCCACAGUCUGUGCCCGGGAGGCUGGGCAGAGAGCUCGGACCCAGCCAGAAGGGCAGCAACUGCACAGGCUCCCCACCCCGGGCGCUGUGGCCCCAGCCUGUUCCAGAACUUAGAGAGUGCGCCUCUGGAAAAGCAGCCAUGUGGGAAAAUAAAGGCUUCUGGGAU